CUUACCGGGACAUGUUCCCUCACAAGCAUUCAUUGUCGAUGAAGUUCCCGCCGAUCCCCGGUUGGAACCCAGACAGCAACCCGUGGGAUGACUAUAUCUACCCGCCCUUUGGUCCCAAGGAACUAACGCGGAGAAAAGGUAAGCCCGUCAAAGUGCGCCUGACCAGCGACAGUCCAGCAAUCAAAGGUUCUAUGGUGUCAUUCACUGCCAAGCUAGAGUACCCGCCAUGUCAGAAGGAGGACACCAACGGGGAGCUGGUGUGGGAUGAGCACUGUCCAGAUGACAAGAUCCCAGUGGCUGUGAAUAUUUCUCAGAAGGCAUCAGCCAACCUGUCGGACAGUGUAUUUGUGCGUGGCGAGGACGUUGUGUUCAGUGUGUCGGUUCACGACCCCAGUAACUACCUGAAGACCGCAGACGCCGUCGACUACAUCUGGGACUUCAAGGACGGCAACCAGCUGGUCACCCAUAGCAACAUAGCCACUCACUCCUACAGUGCGGUUGGAGAUGUCAACGUGAAGCUGAGGGUGGAGGCGACGUUCAAGAUCCCAUGUCCUCCGCCCACGCAAACUACAGCGGCCCACACACCUCCCCCUGGAACUCACUCCAUCACUCACAAAAUGGAGACAACCCAUGGUUUUGUGCCAGUCACCACUGCCAGACCCGCCUCCAACACACCUGUUCCUAUGACUACAGGCUUCCCGACGACAGAGCCCCUCCCCCCGACRGUUGCUGACGUGACCGUGGCGCUGUUCAACCCGAUACAACUUUUUGCCCAGUUCUUGCUAGCUGGCCCCACCCCCAUGUCCCUGCCCACUGGCCCUACCCCAAUGUCCCUGCCGGCUGGCCCCACCCCCAUGGCCCAGCUCCGCCACGCACAUCUGGCAGCCAAUGAUUGCUUCCGCUACUUCUACGGAAACUUCCAGACCAACAUCACCAUUAUUGAACCCAAGCACUUAAUCAACAGCCUGCCAGCCAAUCGGAUCGUGGACGUGUCUGCUGCCAAGGUCACCAACACUGACAUAAGCUUCCUGGUCAAGUGCCUGGGCAGCACUCCCACCUCAGCCUGCACCAUCGUCUCGGACCCCUCUUGCCWCCAGGUGAGGAACAUCGUGUGUGAAGAUGUGCCCCCAUCGUCGGAGUGCAAGGUGCACCUGCGGAGGACCUUCCUGGAGCCAGGGACCUACUGUGUGAACAUCACCCUGGAGGACACCAGCAGCCUGGCCCUCACCACCACCACCACCAUCACCAUAAGCAACACUGACCCUGACACACCCGAGUCUAAAGCUCCUCAUGCUGCAGAGGUUGUCCUCUCCUCCAGUGCUAUUCUGGUAGCCAUCUUUGCAUUCACCGCCUUCAUAGUCUACAAGCGCUAUAAAGUCUACAAGCGAGUGAGGAGGUCCCUGGUGGAGGACGCCAGUGGCCAUGUUGGUGUUGGGGGUCGUAUGGGCCGGCUGAGGGAGGUAAUAUUCCCCACCAACGAGGAGAGGAGUCGCCUGCUGUCGGACAGACACCCCCUGUAGACCCACCGAUGGUACUACAGCCACAGGCUGCAAAUUUGGGGUGUAUUCAGUGGUGUGAAACGUUUUGAAUGGUGCAGAUAGAAAUAGAAUCAAGAGCUUACUGGAUUCCCUGUCGUACCUGACAGACAAGCAUAUCUGUUCUACACAAUACAUUUCUAUCUCAAUGUUCUGUAACAUUAUAUAAUCCUUAACAGGCCCCAGGAUUUUUACUCAGAGGUUCUUCAGUACCAAGUUGAAUUUUAGCACAUUCAUAAAUGCAUCACAAAGAAGAUAUCUAUACCAAUAACUAAGAGAACUAACAACUGUUAAUAAGAUAGCAAGAGGAACAUUUAACUUUUGAUAAAAUAUGAAAAUACUAAUGCCUUUGUUUAGUUGACUUUGUUGUAGAAAAGUAUGUCUAUAGGAAGUCUAGACCCUCCUUGGAUUUCUUCACAUUUUAUUGUGUUACAAAGUGGGAUUAAAAUGGAUUUCAUUGUAAUUUUUUGUCAA